AGCACACAGACUUUGAUCCCCAGACGGUUAGGCCAGGAAGUCGGUAUAGUCAUGUUCAGGAGGUCCAGGAGCGGCUCAAUUUCUUGAGGUUCUUACUGAAAGAUGGGCAACUCUGGCUGUGUGCACCUCAGGCUAAGCAGAUCUGGAAGUGCCUGGCGGAGAACGCAGUGUUCUUGUGUGAUCGGGAGGCCUGCUUCAAAUGGUACUCCAAACUCAUGGGGGACGAACCCGACCUUGACCCUGACAUCAACAAGGACUUUUUUGAGAACAACGUACUACAGCUUGACCCCUCGCUGCUGACAGAGAACGGGAUGAAAUGCUUUGAACGAUUCUUCAAGGCAGUCAACUGCAGGGAAGGCAAGCUGGUGGCAAAACGCCGGGCAUACAUGAUGGAUGACUUGGAGCUGAUAGGGCUGGAUUACCUGUGGAGGGUUGUGAUUCAAGGAAGUGAUGAUAUUGCUAGCCGAGCAAUUGACUUGCUUAAAGAGAUUUAUACAAACCUCGGACCAAAAUUACAAGCCAAUCAGGUAGUGAUCCAUGAGGAUUUUAUUCAGUCUUGCUUUGACCGGCUCAAAGCCUCCUAUGACACUCUGUGUGUGCUGGAUGGAGAUAAAGACAGCAUUAACUGUGCCAGACAGGAGGCCAUCCGCAUGGUGAGAGUACUGACGGUGCUCAGGGAGUAUAUAACCGAGUGUGACAGUGACUACCACGAGGAGAGGACUAUCCUGCCCAUGUCCAGGGCUUUCCGAGGAAAGCAUAUCACACUAGUUGUGCGUUUCCCAAACCCAGGCCGACAGGUUGAUGAUCUGGAUAUUUGGUCGCAUACCAACGACACAAUUGGCUCUGUGCGACGCUGCAUUCUGAAUCGAAUAAAGGCCAACAGCACACACACCAAGAUUGAGCUGUUCAUCGGGGGAGAGAUCAUUGACCCAGCAGAUGACAGGAAGCUAAUCGGGCAGCUAAACCUCAAAGAUAAAACUCUCAUCACAGCCAAGCUCACCCAGGUUAGCGCCAAUAUGCCUUCCAGUCCAGACAGCUCCUCAGACUCCUCCACUGGCUCCCCUGGGAACCAUGGCAAUCACUUCAGUGAUGGGCCAAACCCUGAAGUGGAGAGCUGUCUUCCCGGCGUGAUAAUGUCCCUACACCUGCGCUACAUCUCUUUCCUCUGGCAAGUUGCAGACCUGGGCUGUAAUCUCAACAUGCCUCUCCUCCGGGAUGGAGCUCGUGUUCUAAUGAAGCUCAUGCCUCCAGAUAACACCACAGUGGAAAACCUGCGAGCCAUCUGUCUGGAUCACGCCAAACUCGGUGAAAACAGCCUUAGCCCCACAUUGGAUUCACGUUUCUUUGGACCAUCACCAUCUCAAGUGCUUUACUUGAUAGAGGUGGUGUACGCCUUGCUCAUGCCUGCCAGUGGGACGUUGGGCGAGGAUGCUAGUGACUUCCAGUACAACUUCUUGAAGAGUGGUGGCCUGCCCCUGGUUUUGAGCAUGCUGACCAGAAAUAACUUCCUGCCAAAUGCUGACAUGGAGACCCGGCGGGGAGCUUAUCUCAACACACUAAAAAUAGCCAAACUGCUGCUCACAGCUGUAGGCUUUGGCCAUGUGAAGUCUGUGGCGGAGGCCUGCCAGCCUGUGGUGGAGGGGACUAUCCCUGUAUCGCCUAUCAACCAGACCACACAUGACCAGGCUCUAGUGCUACAGAACGCCUUGCAGAAUAUUCCCAACCCCUCCGCCGAGUGCAUGCUGCGGAACGUGGCCAUCCGCCUCGCCCAACAGAUCUCAGAUGAGAACUUCUUCCAGGCCUCUAAGUACAUCCCAGAUAUCUGUGUCAUUCGAGCGGUUCAGAAGAUAGUCUGGGCUUCUGGCUGUGGCUCUGUUCAGCACGUCUUCAGUUCUAAUGAGGAGAUCAGCAAGAUCUACGAGAAGACAAAUGCUGGCAAUGAGCCGGAUACAGAAGAUGAGCAGGUGUGCUGUGAAGCUCUGGAGGUCAUGACCCUGUGUUUCGCCCUUAUGCCCACUGCACUAGAUGCACUUAGCAAAGAAAAGGCCUGGCAGACCUUCAUUAUAGAUCUGCUGCUGCACUGCCAGAGCAAGUCUGUUCGUCAAAUGGCUCAAGAACAGUUCUUCCUCAUGGCCACCCGAUGUUGUAUGGGCCAUAGGCCUCUUCUCUUCUUCAUCACCCUCCUCUUCACAGUUUUAGGUAGCACUGCAAAAGAGCGGGCAAAGCAUGCUGCUGAUUACUUCACUCUUCUUAGGCACUUACUCAACUAUGCAUAUAACAGCAACAUUAAUCUUCCUAAUGCAGAAGUUCUCUUAAACAAUGAGAUUGACUGGUUAAAGCGCAUACGGGAUGAAGUGAAGAGGACUGGAGAGCCUGGGGUUGAGGAGACAAUUUUGGAAGGUCAUAUUGGUGUCACAAAAGAGCUACUAGCAUUCCAGACCCCAGAGAAGAAGUUCUACAUUGGCUGUGAAAAAGGAGGCGCUAGUCUUAUCAAGGAGUUAAUGGAUGACUUCCUGUUCCCAGCAUCUAAUGUGUACCUGCAAUAUAUGAAGAGUGGAGAAUUCCCCACUGAGCAGGCCAUACCUGUGUGUAGCACCCCAGCCACCAUCAAUGCCGGCUUUGAACUGCUGGUUGCACUUGCUGUCGGAUGUGUGCGAAAUCUCAAGCAGAUUGUGGACACACUAACUGAUAUGUACUAUUUAGGUUGUGAACCACUUACAGAAUGGGAAUAUUUGCCGCCAGUUGGCCCAAGGCCCACUAAGGGGUUUGUGGGUCUGAAAAAUGCAGGUGCGACUUGCUACAUGAACUCAGUGAUCCAGCAGCUCUACAUGAUUCCUCCUAUCAGGAAUGGCAUCCUGGCCAUUGAAGGCACGGGCAGCGAUGUGGAUGAUGAUAUGUCUGGAGACGAGAAGCAAGAUAAUGAGAGUAAUGUGGAUCCACGGGAUGAGGUGUUUGGUUAUCAGCACCAGUUUGAAGACAAACCUUCUCUCAGUAAGUCGGAAGACAGGAAGGACUACAACAUUGGGGUUCUUCGGCAGUUGCAGGUCAUUUUUGGACACUUGGCUGCCUCCAGGUUGCAAUAUUACGUGCCUAGGGGAUUCUGGAAGCAAUUUCGGUUGUGGGGUGAACCAGUCAAUCUGAGGGAACAGCAUGAUGCCCUGGAGUUCUUUAACUCACUGGUAGACAGUCUAGACGAGUCUUUGAAAGCAUUGGGUCACCCUGCCAUGCUGAGCAAAGUACUGGGUGGCUCUUUUGCUGACCAGAAAAUAUGUCAGGGCUGUCCUCACAGAUAUGAAUGUGAGGAAUCGUUUACGACGUUGAAUGUAGAUAUCAGAAACCAUCAAAAUCUAAUUGAUUCUAUGGAGCAGUACGUGAAAGGAGACUUGCUCGAGGGUGCAAAUGCCUAUCACUGUGAAAAAUGCAACAAGAAGGUGGACACAGUGAAGCGUUUACUCAUUAAGAAGUUUCCUCCGGUGUUGGCCAUCCAGCUGAAACGCUUUGAUUAUGACUGGGAACGAGAGUGUGCCAUCAAGUUCAAUGAUUACUUUGAGUUCCCACGGGAGUUAGACAUGGAGCCCUAUACAGUAGCUGGAGUAGCUAAGCUGGAGGGGUCUGAUGUGCACCCAGAGAACCAGCAGGAGGUGAUCCAGCAGAAUGAGCCGUCGGAGCCGGAACCCCCCUGCAGCUCUCGCUAUCGUUUGGUGGGAGUUCUGGUCCACUCAGGCCAGGCUAGUGGAGGUCAUUAUUACUCCUACAUCAUUCAGAGGAACGGCAGUGGUUGUGAGGGAGAAAGGAACCGUUGGUACAAGUUUGACGAUGGUGACGUCACUGAAUGCAAGAUGGAUGAUGACGAGGAGAUGAAGAACCAGUGCUUUGGUGGAGAGUACAUGGGCGAGGUCUUCGACCACAUGAUGAAACGCAUGUCCUAUAGGCGACAGAAGCGCUGGUGGAACGCCUACAUUCUCUUUUAUGAGCGAAUGGACACAUUAGACAAGGAUAGCGAGCUAGUUAAAUACAUCACUGAGCUGACAGUGACCAGCAAACCUUACCAGGUGAAGAUGCCCUCUGCUAUUGAACGCAGUGUGCGCAAACAAAAUGUGCAGUUUAUGCACAACCGUAUGCAGUACAGCUUGGAGUACUUCCAGUUCAUCAGGAAAUUGCUGACCUGUAACAGUGUCUACUUGAACUCACCGCCAGGUCAAGACCACCUUUUGCCUGAAGCAGAAGAAAUGGCUAUGAUUAGUAUACAGCUCGCUGCUAGAUUUCUCUUCAGCACUGGGUUCCACACAAAGAAAAUCGUCCGUGGCCCUGCUAGUGAUUGGUAUGAUGCUCUGUGCAUCUUGCUACGACACAGUAAGAAUGUGCGUUACUGGUUUGCACAGAACGUCCUCUUUGCAUAUCCGAACCGCUUCUCUGAGUACCUGCUUGAGUGUCCCAGUGCAGAGGUUCGAGGGGCCUUCUCCAAACUCAUUGUAUUUAUUGCACAUUUCUCCCUGCAAGAUGGACCCUGCCCUUCACCGAUUGCCUCACCUGGACCUUCAAGUCAGGGCUGUGAUAAUUUGAGUUUGAGUGAGCACUUGUUCCGUGCCAUACUUAAUCUGCUGAGAAGGGAAGUGUCUGAGCAUGGCCGUCACCUGCAGCAGUACUUCAGCCUUUUCGUCAUGUAUGCCAACCUUGGCUUGGCAGAGAAGACACAGCUGUUGAAGCUCGGGGUACCAGCUACCUUCAUGCUUGUGGCUUUGGAUGAGGGCCCCGGCCCUCCUAUUAAGUACCAGUAUGCUGAGCUCGGAAAGCUCUAUACUGUCGUCUCACAGCUGGUUCGCUGCUGUGAUGUGACGUCACGUAUGCAGUCCUCAAUCAACGGAAACCCUCCCCUGCCAAACCCAUAUGGUGACCCCAACAUCACCGCACCCAUCAUGCCUCUGCAGCAGGUGGUGGUGGACAUCCUGUUUGUGCGUACCAGUUAUGUGAAGAAGAUUAUCGAGGACUGCAGUAACUCAGAGGACACUAUCAAACUGCUGAGAUUCUGCUGUUGGGAAAACCCUCAGUUUUCCUCCACUGUGCUGAGUGAACUACUGUGGCAGGUGGCAUAUUCAUACACGUAUGAGUUAAGGCCUUACCUGGACUUGCUCCUUCAGAUCUUGUUUAUUGAAGACUCAUGGCAGACUCACAGGAUCCACAAUGUGCUGAAGGGAAUCCCUGAUGAUCGUGAUGGGCUUUUUGAUACCAUUCAGCGCUCCAAAAAUCACUACCAAAAGAGAGCUUAUCAGUGUAUCAAAUGCAUGGUGGCUCUUUUCAGCAACUGCUCAGUGGCCUGUCAGAUUCUCCAGAGUAAUGGCGAUUUAAAGAGGAAGUGGACCUGGGCAGUGGAGUGGCUCGGUGACGAGCUGGAACGUAGACCGUACACUGGCAAUACCCAGUACACUUAUAAUAACUGGUCCCCUCCUGUCCAGAGCAAUGAGACUUCUAAUGGAUACUUUCUGGAGCGCUCACACAGUGCCCGUAUGACUUUAGCCAAGGCCUGUGAGUUGUGCCCAGAAGAGUGUCACUUAACGAAGCACGAGGGGGUAUCUGAAGAGGACGCUGGCCGGAAUCCGUCCUCAACACAGCAACUUUUGCCAGGGGAAGUGACAGGUCAACAACAGCACACCGAGCCUGAUGAGCAGGAGGCCCUUGAUGAGCGGGACACUUCUCCUCCAGAGGACACUGCUCUAUACCCUCACUCUCCGGGCACAAAGUUUCAACAGCAGAAUAACCUCCCGCAUAUGCAGCCGUACACUGGCCCCGCAGCACAGCACGUCAACAACCCUCAGCGUCCAGGCCCACGAGCACAAGAGAACUGGGAGCCCCCUGAGGAGGUGCCGCCCAGUCAGACUAAAGACUAACAAUGUUGUCACACUGUCCUCCAUCGGAGUUCUCCAGCGAGAUACUCGAAUCCAGAGCAAGGCCAGGCCCCACCAUGCUGAUCUACUCCAGAGCCCGUGUAACCAGAACAUUAAGCUUCCCUCAAUUUCUAACUCUGGAGUGGAGAGUCUCUUCACCGUCUGCUCGACAGUAUUAACUGUCAAAAGUGUAACUUGCAGUGGACUGUGCAUAUUGUUUGUAAUAAUAAAACGGGCCUGUCGCACUUGUCUCAUGA